CGGAGCCGUCGGCGCCAGGGGGGGAAGGAGGCGGAUCCUAGGAGACGAAUAAGGCUGACGGUGGCGCCGCGAGCAGGAGGUUGGGCGCUGUCGGAGAUCGCCGCGGAGAUCGCUUGUCGAGAGCAAACACCAUGGCUGCUUUGCCCUUUGUGGUAGAGAGUCCGGACGUCAAGUACACCCCAGACUUCAUUGAGGCCAACUAUACCUACGCCACCGUUCAGGUCUCCCAGGAGGAUGGCGUCACCAAGGUCAAGCCAUCCUCCACCAAUCUCACCUUCCGCACAGAGAGGCAUGUUCCCAAGCUGGGCGUGAUGCUCGUUGGCUGGGGCGGAAACAAUGGGACCACAGUGACGGCUGCCGUCUUGGCCAAUAAGCUGGGCCUCUCCUGGAUGACCAAAACAGGCCAGAAGCGUGCCAACUACUACGGAUCUCUCUUGCAAGCAUCCACAGUGCGCUUGGGGAAUGGCCCCUCCGGCGAAGUCUACGUCCCCUUCCGCAACCUCCUUCCAAUGGUACAUCCAAACGACAUCCUCUUUGAUGGGUGGGACAUUUCUUCCAUGAACCUGGCCGAUGCCAUGCGCAGGGCCCAAGUCCUGGACUGGCCGCUGCAGGAGCAGCUCCGGCCGCACAUGGAGGGCUUGAAGCCCCGGCCGUCCAUCUACAUCCCCGAGUUCAUCGCGGCAAACCAGGAGGAGCGAGCCGACAACGUUCUGGCGGGAUCCAAGGCGGAACAGGUGGCUCAAAUCCGCCAGGAUAUCCAGGACUUCAAGAAUUCCAGUGGAGUGGACAAAGUGAUUGUCCUCUGGACGGCCAACACGGAGCGCUUCUGUGACGUCCGGCCCGGGGUCAAUGACACAGCCAGCAACUUACUGCAAGCCAUUGAGCGUGGCUUGGAGGUUUCACCUUCCACCCUCUUCGCCGUGGCCAGCAUCCUGGAGGGCUGUGCCUACAUCAAUGGCUCCCCGCAGAAUACCUUUGUGCCAGGGGCUGUCGACCUCGCCAUCCAACGCCAAGUCUUCAUUGCAGGCGACGAUUUCAAGUCUGGUCAGACGAAGCUCAAGUCUGUCCUAGUAGACUUCCUCAUCAGCUCCGGGCUUAAGCCGGUCUCCAUCGUCAGCUACAACCAUCUGGGCAACAAUGACGGGCAGAAUCUCUCUGCGCCCGCCCAGUUCCGAUCCAAGGAAAUCUCGAAGAGCAACGUGGUCGAUGACAUGGUGCAAUCAAACCCCGUACUGUACAGACCCGGGGAGCAACCAGACCACUGCGUGGUGAUUAAAUAUGUGCCUUACGUCGGUGACAGCAAGCGGGCGCUGGACGAAUACACCUCCGAGAUUGCAUUGGGGGGCACAAACACCAUUGUCAUCCACAACAUGUGUGAGGAUUCCUUACUGGCUGCCCCCAUCAUCUUGGACCUGGUCAUUCUUGCCGAACUUUGCCAACGGAUCCGGGUGACUGUUGAGGGGGACGCUGAACUUCAGCCCCUUCACAGCGUCUUGUCUCUGUUGAGCUUCCUGUGCAAGGCUCCAGUCGUGCCCGAAGGCGCCCCGGUGGUCAACGCUCUCUUCCGCCAGCGGGCUGCAAUCGAGAACUUGUUCAGAGCUUGCGUGGGACUUCCACCCCAGAAUCACAUGCAGUUGGAACACAAGACACAGCGGCCUUGGGGCUGUGCAAAACGGGUUCGCCCCCCUGCUAUGCCUGCAGCUUGGCUAGCCACCCCAAAGAAGGCAGGCCCCCACCUGAACGGCUUCAUGCGCCCCGUAGAAAGCAGCAGGCACCCCGCUGCCAACAGCAACCUCCUUGGCCUCCAAAAUUAGAAGCCUGCCUGGUGCCGCAUCCCCCAAGCGUCAUGCCUCCCCACAACCACCGUACUGAACAAUGGUCAGGCCGCACCUAGUGGCUUGGGCUGUGUAGUUUCCCUCCUUCCUUUUUGGGGGGAAAGAGAAGGGGGUGCACUUGAGAUGGGCUGAAUAAUUCCCCUUGUAAUCGUGCCCAGGCUGUAACACUUCUGUUUCAAAUGAAAACUGAAUUCGAAAGCUGUGAAUUUUUGUUAUUGACUCUGAAACAAUAAAAACUUAGCUAGGAGUU